UUCUUUCUUUCCCUAAAAAAAAAUCAAUUGAAUUUUCUCUUUCCUCAAACUCCAACUCAGUCACAUCUGCUCUUCAUCUUCAUCUCCUUCCUCCUCUUAGAACCCUAACUGGUCUCUUCCAACAAAGUCUGCAUCUUGUAGUUGUAUCACCACCUUUUGUCGGCGGCUCCUCUGCCAACCAUAUCUCCUUCUUUGGCGCUUCUCUUCUCGGUGUUGACCACAGUGAGGGAGCAAGAGGGAGCAGAGUAGAAAAGAUCAAUAAUUUGCAAGUUUAUUGGAAAAAAUAACAAAUUUUGCCCAACCUAUGCAGGCUUUGGGUAGGUUGCAUUUGGGUUUGUAAACUAAUUUAUUUGGAGGAGCACCGAUGGCUACCACCGAUGCAACCCCUAAAUUCCAUAACCAUGAACUUCGCCCACUCUCAUCAUUGGAGGAGCAGCAGCAGCAGAACCUAACAAUGGAUCCUUCUCCUUCGCACACUCAUCACGACGGUCUUCUCUUUUGGCAGUUCAUGGUCGCAGGUUCAAUUGCAGGCUGCGCCGAACACAUGGCUAUGUUCCCUGUUGAUACCAUUAAAACCCGUAUGCAAGCUCUCGGGUCUUGCCCAAUUAAAACCGCAGGUGUCCGGACUGCUCUCCGGUCUAUCUUACAGUCUGAUGGGCCUGCCGGGCUUUAUCGUGGGAUUGCUGCAAUGGGCCUUGGUGCUGGGCCAGCUCAUGCUGUUUACUUCUCUAUGUAUGAGUUUUUCAAGAAGAGUUUUUCCGGAGGGAACCCUAACAACCAUGUAGCUCACGCGAUGUCAGGGGUUUGUGCUACGGUUAUGAGCGAUGCCGUUUUGACCCCUAUGGAUAUGGUGAAGCAGAGGUUGCAGCUUAGCGGGGGUAAUGGUGGGGCCUAUAGAGGGGUUUGGGAUUGUGUGAAGUUGGUUUUGAAAAAUGAAGGAUUUGGGGCUUUCUAUGCGUCUUAUAGGACGACUGUGAUCAUGAAUGCACCAUUUACCGCUGUGCAUUUUGCUACCUAUGAGGCUGCUAAGAAGGGCUUGACAGAGAUUUCACCCGACACCGCGGAUGAUGAGAGGUUGGUUGUUCAUGCUACAGCAGGGGCAGCUGCUGGGGCCCUUGCUGCUGUGAUUACCACGCCAUUGGAUGUUGUGAAGACGCAGUUGCAGUGCCAGGGGGUUUGUGGAUGUGACAGAUUUAGUAGUGGUUCAAUAAGGGAUGUUCUUAAGACAAUAGUCAAAAAGGAUGGAUACAGAGGGCUCAUGAGGGGAUGGGCUCCUAGAAUGAUGUUUCAUGCUCCUGCUGCAGCCAUUUGUUGGUCUACAUAUGAAGCUGCAAAGACCUUUUUCCAGGAGUUGAAUGACCAGAAAAAUAGUAGCAGUGUGACCUAAUAAUUAUCGGUGAGCAGCUUAUAUUUUCCCACUUGUUAUUUGUGAGUGCUGCAUUGUUUUGAAAGGUACAAAAAUUCAAUGACAAACUCGGGAUCAUACAACAUAUACACCCUAAUUCAGGUUCGUAAUUCUAAUUUGAGGGGCAGUUUCAGGCUAGUCAGAAUAUCCGGUUGUGUUGUAUCAUUAUGUUCAAAAUUUUGACAAUUUUUCAAGUGACUUUAACACCAAUUUUUCAAGUAAUGGUUGGUACAUCAUCAGAAUUGUGGAAACGGAAGUUACAAGUUACAAUAUCUUGGUGGACAAGCAAAUCUGGAUUUGUAUGAAUCAUUACUCGUUCGUUCCCCAUUCAUAUUGUUGUCGACGGGAUGUGGUUUUACAUCAUUGAGGCGUUAGGUUUUACUCUUUAUUUAUUAAUCUUUAUUCUAUUUGUAUUUGUAAUCCAUGUUUGCAGAACAGUUUUGUAGUUUGGCAAUAAACUUUUGGUUAAUAAAUAUUGUUGUACGUUGAUUAAA